AUGUCAUUGGCCAUCAUACCAUUCAUUACCAUCGGGUGGCUUCGGUGCACACGAAAGAGCAGAGACACUAUGAGCAGUAGCCCCGAGCCGCAGGCUCCCAUGCAUGUAACACAGAGACAGAUCUCUGUGUUCAGCGAUGAAUUUCGGCAGCGCCGCCGGCAGCAGAUGCUUCGCUUCUUUGGAGCGACGGCCUUCACACUGCUGUCCGCACGCCUAGCCUUCCGCGGCACGAUCAACCGCAAGUAUGUCCCCAAUAUGUUCCAACUGAACCAUCGCGUGCCAUUGGCUUCCAGCCAGGGCGAGGCGUUGCAUGCAUUUGCCUAUGGCUCCGGACUUGCUACCGGUGGGUUUGCAAUGCUAAUAUUGGGCACCUGCUGGCUCGCGGACGUAUCCACAGUCCCUGAGUUUUCGCUGCGAAUCAAGGCGUUGUUAGGCGAGUCUGACACACAGUCCGGGCGCCUUGAGAGCGCCCACCAGGACAAGGAGACCCGUGAGCUGGCCGCAAUGCUGGAUUCGCUUCUGCAGGAGAAGAAGGACUAG